UUGGAACCCCGUAUAUCACAGUACCAAUUUGAAGCCAUCCAAACGUUUAUCAACCGAGAUGGUUUAGGCGCUAUUACCCGAGCUCUUGGUUAUGAUGAAGAAGUACGUCAACGAAGAAGCAUCUCGUAUACCUAUAGUACCCUCGAUUUGAAAGAUGUUCACGGUUUAAUCGGACAUUACGUUCCUAAUAACGUGGAUUUUAGGCAAUUUGUCAUGAAGAUUUCUCAAUGCGUUCAAGACCAGAUUGUAAACAUUCCUGAAGAAUGGCUUAUUCGACAAGAAAAGAAACUAAUUCCUAAUAUUGUACACAUGGUUACCUCUAUGAUUUUGAAUUUACCGUCCUCUGUUACUGGAGUCGUCCGGGAAAUCGAAAGGAACUAUCAGCAGAUGAUAUCAUCGGGUGAGGAAGAUGACGAGGACAAUGAUUAUCUGUUGUUCCAGGAAGUUCCCGAUGAACAACAAGUUAUCAGAAGCUCAAUAUUGAAAAUUGAUAUCGCUAAUCGGCUAUUGAAAACUUCGAGGCUAGACUUGCGAUUAACCGGGUUGAACGAAAUUAAAGAGGCCCUUCUUCUUGGCCUUAGGCAUGCAAAAAUUCUCAAGAAAAGUAGGCGUAGAGGUAACACUCGGAAAAGAAGCUUAAGUAUUGAUGGCGAGGAUGAUGCUGUACAAAUGGAUGAAGAAAGCCCAUCAGAUAAAAUUCUUCGGUAUUAA